AUAACAAUGGCUAUAAAGAAAAGAAUGUGACAUGAAAUGCCCAUUGGUUGUCUCAUUACCAAUCUUGUUCUGACCCCCAUCCCACCUGUAAUGACGCGUCUCACGGAUUCCCAUGUCCAUGACAGAUGUUCUAGAACCAGCGCGUUCUGUCCAGAACGGCGCGCAUUGUUGUCAGAUGUUUACCUCACGACAAGCUAACGGCAGAUCGACUAUUCUAAACAGAGGGUGCUAACUAGUACUACCUGUUACGUACCCGUUCUUGCCUCUGUGUCAGUUUAAAGACUGUCUGACGUUGUUCUCGUGUGUAAGAAGAGACAUGUCUCCCUCGAAAGUUGAGUUACAGCCACGCCCCUCAGACGACGACCAGCCCCCGGUGGUGCCAGGAGAGAUGGCGGGGGCGGAUGAACACCCGGACCACGGGGCACACCACGUCCACUUUGGCAGGACGGACCGCACGGAGUUCAGCGUGACAGCCCCGGCACACUCCGAGGGAGCUGCACCUGGUCAGCACCAUGGCCAGGAACAGUGUAACAACAGCAGUAACAGCGGCGGGAGUAACAGCAACAGCAGCGGAGGUGCCAGGGCGCCACGGAGUAUCCUCAGGAAGGAAGAGCACACCUUUGACCACGACUCCGGGUCUGACUUGGAUAUACCAUUACCAGAGCAUCUCUCACAAAGGCGCCGGUCACUGCGCCUGUCUAGAUCUCCCACACACUUGUACCACGGACACAGGCGCCACACCUCCACACCGACCUCCUCUCGCGGCUCCCUUUGUGACGAGGAGUACUUCGCACAACUCAGUCAGGGCAGGCGGAAAUCUAUCACAGCCCAGCACAGGCGCGAGAGUGGUGCCAGCACGACAGCCAGCAGCUAUGUUAGUCUCGUGUCGGAUUACGAGUGGUACUCGAAGCUGACAGACAGCCAGAUGGCAGCAGCAAGGGAGACCCUGCAUCUGCUGGAGACGACUGCACCAGGCAACCUAGACUUAGAUCAGCUGUACAACACACUGAAGCCCCUGGACGCAGGUGUGACCAGACAGGAGGUGGACCACGUGCUACAGUUCCUCGGUACAGACGCUGACCGUCUGGAGUUCGGGGAGUUUCUGUACGCACUGGCUAACAUUGUGGACGAAGAAGCCGAUCUCGAGCCCACAGAAAAGUCUAGUCGCGUCAAUGUCUACAAGCACCGCCAGGGUGUGCUGUACACCGCCAUCGCUGCCCUGUCCAUGAGGGAGGCUGCGAAGUCGCUUGGCGACAUCGAACGGUACUACAGCAUGAAGCGCAGAUUGGCACCAGAGGUUCUCUCUCACUUCACGGCCGGUGCCCGGCUGAUCGGCCUGACAGAGCGACAACUUACACGCCACAUGGCCCGUCUACACAAGGCAUUCAAGCUCACUGAUGAAGAGAGAGAAUCGCCAUACGCUAAGCCACUCCCAUUUGUCGCAUCUGCGCCCCCAAAGAAGCUUCAGCCAAGCGCGGGACCCAAGAUAGCAUGGGGGGCUAAGAAGCAGGGUGAGCGGGUUGGUAAAGCAAGUCCGGCAGUUCCUGUCGAUGGGACGUCUCCAGCUAGCAGCCGUCCGAGAACUGCACCUGCCACUACUACUCGGCAGAGGGCGCGCGUGUCUUCAGGUCGCGCUGUAUCAGCCAAGUCGCCCCGCAAACCAAACGUAUCCCACCGUCUCCAUCGGGCCAACCACGUACCGCUGCCGGCCAUGCUGUCCUCCGAGAUCGUCACCUUCGACGACCUGUCCGACAUGCGGAAAAAGGCGUCUACGGAGAUUGAGCGGUACUACCAGGACCUGCGCAGGUUCGCUGUGGAAAAGGCUAAAAACUUCAGCCAGAAGCUCGUGGUUGAAGAUAUCCCAGACCAGCUGCAGGGCAACUAUCACCAGGUGACCCAGGCCUACCUACCUCAGCGGGAGAACCAAGUCUUCGUCAUCGCACCCUGGAUCAACACCCGCAACAGCCUCUUCAUUAGGUGCCAUGGAGCGUCCAGGCCGCGCAGCCCCUUCACGUAAAGACCCUGGUACACACUGUUGGUGGUCACAGAGAUAGACAAUUCUAUGCUUAAGUUUAAGUGAUAAGUUGGCAGCACAAGUUAUAUGAAGGAUUUGUCACAGUGUAAUAAAGUAUUUUCGGUUUGAA